AGAGGGGGCAGGGGCCAGGAGCGAGGUCGCCUCGCCGUCAGUAGCGGAGCGGCGCCGGCGAGAUGCUGUCCCUGGGCUCGCGCAGGCGCAGUAGCAACUGGAGCGCCAUCGACCCCAGUUGCACGCUGCGGGUGGAGAGACCCGUGUACCGGCAGGACGAGCUGAACAAGGCCUUCGACUACAUCAAGCCCCGCAGGAAGUUGGGGGACAUAGUGACGGACCAGUACCGGACAUGGCGGCCCCUGGAAACGCUACUGAGGAUGGUGCCUGUGCUGUCCUGGAUGCGGCACUACCGCUGGAGGGAGGACCUCGUCAGCGACCUGGUGUCCGGCUUCACCGUGGCCAUCAUGAACAUCCCGCAAGGAAUGGCCACCGCACUCCUGGGGAACGUUCCUCCGAUAGUGGGCAUAUACAUGGCGUUCUUCCCUGUCCUCACGUACUUUCUCCUCGGAACCUCGCGCCAUGUCUCCAUGGGCACGUUCGCGGUGGUGUGCAUGCUGACGGGCCAGACGGUGACGCAGUACGCGGCUGAGGAGCCGCCUGCUCUCCCCGGCAACAACGGGACGGCUGCCCUGGUGAACGGUGACCUGCCGGUCUACUCGCCCGUGCAGGUGGCCACCGCCGUGGCCUUCAUGGUCGGCAUCUACCAGGUGGUGAUGCACGUCUUCAGGCUGGGCGUGGUGUGCACGCUGCUGUCCGACACGCUGGUGAACGCCUUCACCACAGCGUCGGCGGUGCACGUGUUCACGUCCCAGGUGAAGGACCUGAUGGGCCUCGACAUCUCUCGCUACCAGGGCGUCUUCAAGGUCGUAUAUACUUGGAUUGAAAUAUUCAAGGAAAUCACAACCACGAACGUUGCAGCGGUCGUAAUGUCUGCAGUUACAAUACUGGUGCUUGUAACGAAUGACUACAUGAAGCCGUAUGUGAAGAAGGUGUCCAAACUGCCUGUGCCCAUAGAGCUGGUGGUGGUUGUGGCAGGGACUCUGGUGUCCGCCUACACCAGCAUCACACUCGACUAUGGCAUCGUCAUGCUGGGCGACAUACCCAGGGGACUGCCGCCGCCGACACCUCCGCCCUUCUCCCUGAUGGCCGAUGUGGCUCUGGACAGCUUCACCAUCGCCGUGGUCUCCUACACCAUCUCCAUGUCCAUGGCCCUCACCUUCGCGCAGAAGCUCGGCUACAGCGUGGACGCCAACCAGGAGCUGCUGGCCCAGGGCGCAGGUAACGUGGUGGGCUCUUUCUUCUCGUGCAUGCCCUUCUGCGCAUCGCUGUCGCGCAGCCUGGUGCAGCAGACUGUGGGCGGCAGGACGCAGCUGGCGAGCGUCGUGUCCUGCGGCAUCCUGCUGCUCGUCAUGCUGUGGAUCGGCCCCUUCUUCGAGCCGCUGCCCAGGUGCGUGCUGGCCAGCAUCAUCGUGGUGGCACUGAAGGGGUUGCUGAUGCAAGUGUCGCACGUGGUCAAGUUCUGGCGCCUGUCCGUGCUGGACGGCGUCGUGUGGCUCGUCACCUUCCUGACCGUCGUGCUGGUCAGCAUCGACCUCGGCCUGCUGGCGGGCGUCGCCAUCUCCCUCGUCUGCAUCUUCAUCCAGAGCAUGAAGCCGUACACUUGUCUGCUGGGCGUCGUGCCCAACACCGAUCUCUACCUCGACCUCAACCGCUACAAGGGGACCCCCGAGGUGGCAGGCGUGAAGAUCUUCCACUACUGCGGCGGCCUCAACUUCGCGACGCGCGACCACUUCAGGGGCGAGCUGCUGCGCCUGGUGGGAGUGGACCCGCAGACUGAGCUGCGCCGCAGGAGGAAGCAGGCCAAGAAGGAGGCCGCCGCCGAGCAGAAUGGAAGAGUGAAUUCUGGUUUUGAGGAAGACGUUGUUACGGAUAUGAGAAGUUCUAACACAACAAAGGUGUCCAGCAUCGUGCUGGACUUCUCCGCGCUGAGCUACGUGGACCCCUCUGGCGUGAACCUGCUCAAGCUGCUGAGGGAGGACUACGCCAAGAUCGGCGUGUCCAUCUACCUGGCGGGCAGCUCGUGCCCCGUGUACGAGAACCUGAAGAAGUGCGGCUUCCUCGGGGACGGCAGGGCCUCCUUCAAGAUCUUCCCCACCGUGCACGACGCCAUCUUGUACGUCCAGAACAGGACGCAGAGCCGCUUGUCGCGCGCGUGAAGUCGAGCUGGUCACGGCCUUCUACACUCUUUUGCAUCUACAACUCGUCAUUAGCAUUCGCGGUCUUGCAGCGGCGGGAAGUCGCGCGAGUGUCCAGUGUCACGAUCGCUUGCGUGGUGGAUGAAGUCGAGUGUCGGGCAGCAAAAUUCAUGACCAGAAGACAAACAAAAUUCUGCAGUGACAAAAUACACGGGGAUGUCCCUUCAGACAAUGGAAUUGCUUAUAUUGAAAUAACCAACAUGACCCAUGUAGAAUGGAAAAAAAUAAAUAAAUAAACCUAUCUCAAA